AUGGUGCCCAAGCCCCCCGAGCCGGCGGCACUCCCGGCUGUGGCCGAGGACAGCGAGCGCGUGGAGUGCCAAGGCUUCGAUGAGACUGCGUCUCUGGCAUCGGAAGUCGACAGUCAUCUCGUCAGGGGCGUGGCGCUGGACAUCUGUCUUCGCGGUUGGGGGAGUACCUUUAGGUCUAGUGGAUCCGACCGAGGGGACAGCUACAGUCUGAGCAAGGUCACACCUCGAAUCUCUGCUUUCCUGAGCCAUGACUGGCAGACGGGAAGACUCUCAAAGACCUUGGCCCUUCUCCUGGUCUUCAACAGCAUGCCGGCAGCAUCGGUGUCCCUCUUCACAGUGCUUCUGUCGAGUGGGCUGCUGGCUUUGGGUUGGCUCCCGGGAGGCUGGCCCACGGGCUGCGCAGCCGCCUAUGGCACGUUCUACUUGGUGCUCUUUUUCUGGCAACGGCUGCAGCGCCUGUGGUGCUCCGAGACCCUGGUCUUUCUGGAUAAGCUCUGCAUCGCGCAGCAUAACGACGAGCUCAAGCGGCAUGGAAUUCUCAGCCUUGGCGGGUUCCUUGCCAGAUCCAACAGGCUGGUCGUCUUGUGGUCGCCGCGCUUCUUUACCAGGGCUUGGUGCGCCUUCGAGUUAGCCUGCUGGCUGAAGCAGGAGGAGCGCAUCGAUUCAUUUGAGCUGGUACCAGUCGCAGCCGCGCUUCUGCUUUGCUCCGCACACCUCUUUCUGACGAUUACCUGCUUCGGGUGGCAGGCAUGGGUGUAUCUGUCGAACGACGUGGGCAGCUUCGGCGAGGUCAAAUUUGGGCAGGCCAUACUUACAGGCUUCCUCUUCAUUCUUCCGGCCUGGCUCUUCGUGUGGCCAGUGCAGACGUACUUCGGGAUUGCGCACACGCAGGACUUGCUAAAGCUUCCCUACCAGAUGCGGAGCUUCAGCAUCUCCGCAUCGCAGUGUGCCUGCUGCACCCUGAAUCACGUGAAUCCGGAGACAGGCCAGCCUCUGAUCUGCGACCGGCAGCUUGUUUUCCGGACCCUGCGGCGGUGGUACGCGAAGGAUCCCCACUCGGAGUCCUCUGGCGACGAGGAGCACCUGAGAUGCUUCGACACGCUCGUGCGCGAGCGCUUGAGUGUCCACGUUCUCCGAAGCCUUGGAUCGGGUACUCCGCCUUUCAAGUAUAUCUUUGCCAUGGUCGCAUCCACCGCGUUCCCAGUUCUGCCACUCUACGUCCAUCUCUCAGUCCGCAACCGUGGUGUUCAUUGGGUGUUCAUAGUGGAUUACUUCAAGGUGCCCGCGCUGACACUCUUCUUCUUUUGGUCGGCGAUGUUCGCCUGGAGAAUGGGCGCCCGGCUGCCAGCGACAGUUCCUCGAUGGAUUGCUGCGAUUCUUGUUCAGUUCAUGAGCCUGUUGCUGAUCGGAUGCUUCUGGCUUCCCUACGAGUCCGUGGUGAAUUCUUCCUAUCGGCCAUGGGCCUUCUGCGUUUCACUGUCUGUUUUGUGGGUGGAGGUUGUCAUUCUCUAUGUUCCUCUCCGCUGCAGAUGUCGAAGACAGGGUGGGAGCUGA